GAAGGCCGUUGCCAUGGAGCCAGCGGGGCCGUGUGGGCACUGUCCCCCAGGCGAGGCGAAGCCGGCGCGCUACACCUGUCCCCGCUGCAACGUGCCCUAUUGCUCGCUGCCCUGCUACCGGGCGCACGGGGCGUGCGCCGAGGCCUUCUACCGGGACCAGGUGCUGGGCGAGCUCCGCGGCCGCACCGCCUCACCCAGCCGCCUGGCGGGCGCCCUGCGCCGGCUGCGGCAGCAGCGCGAGGCCGAGGCGCCACAGGACGGUCAGGACCUGGAGGGUCUGGGAGGCCUGUGGGAGCGACUGCAGCCCGCCGAGAAGGCGGCCUUCGAGCGGCUGCUGAGCCGGGGUGAGGCCGGGCGCCUGCUGCCGCCCUGGCGGCCCUGGUGGUGGAGCGGCGGGGCGCCGGCGCCGCUGCUGGAGGAGCUGCGCGUGCGCGAGGAAGGCGAGGAGGCGCCUGAGCCCGCCCCCGCCCCCCAGAACGUGCUCGACCCCGCGGCCGCGCCGCCGCCCGUGCCCGAUACCAUCCGCGCCUUGGCGCAGCUCAGCGGAGGCCGCGCGCCUUCGCCCCUGCUGUGCUUCCAGCUGCCCAACGUGCUUUUCGCCUACGCGCACGCGCAGGGCCUCUACCAUGGCGGCCUGGACGACGAUCCCGAGCUGCUGCUGGACCAGUGCUCCACAGUGCUGGGCGUGGCCGGGGCGCUUGGUGCCCGCCAGGUCUUCCGCUCCACGCGCGAGGCGCUGCAUGCCGCCGCGCACGCGCUGAGGGCCGGCGCGCACCCGCCAGGGCCGCUGGGCGCGCGGGGCGCUAUGCGCGAGGCCGCGCGCCUCCUGCUGGGCGAGAACCCUCAGCCCGGAGUGCAGAAGGGCUACUCCCUGGCCGCGCUGGCGCAACUGGCGCGCGCAUUUGGGCGCGCGCGCAGCCUCGUGCCCGCGGGCCGGCAGCGAGAGCGCCUCUACCGAGCGCGCAAGAAGUGCCAGUAUCUGCUGUCCUGGACCAACGAGCACGAGGACGCGCUCACGCCGCUCGCCUUGGACUGUGCGCAGGAGUACCGCGCAGAGGAGGAGGAGGCUGGCCAAGUGGAGGCCUUGAGCGGGGAGCUGGAGCGCCUGUGGGGGGGCCCGCGCCCCCCUGCCCCAAGGACCCUGAUCCAGGAGCUGGCCUGAGGGCAGCUGGGCCCCCCACCCCACCCCUCAAUAAAGCCGCCUCGAGACUGA